AUAGGCCCCCUUCGAAGUUCGAUCUUCGAUCUAGUUAUAUAUAUUUUCAAAACCUUCCAAAAUGUCGUUCGACCAAAAGGAGAUCUUCAGCCUGAUGUACAAGCUGGCACGACUAAUAGUGCCGGAUACCAGAGUCGAAAAUGAUUCCGAGGGUCCAGUACACAUUCCCCUGGAUCGGAUGUAUGGACCAAUGACCAUGCGAUCCCUGAUGAAGUUUCCCAUUGGCGGAGUCGAAGAGCGCAUGCCACGACCCAUUAUAAAGGCCAUGGGUAUGGUAAAGAAGGCGGCUGCCGAGGCAAACAAGAUGAAUGGCAUGGAGGAGCGUCUGUGCGAGGCCAUUUCCAAAGCCUGCGACGAUGUUAUAUCCGGCAAGUUGUACGAUGAGGAGCACUUUCCCCUGGUCAUCUGGCAGGCGGGAUCCGGAGAGCAUACCAACAUGAAUGUCAACGAAGUGGUUUGUAACCGCGCCAUCGAGAUCAUUGGCGGCCAGAUGGGCACCAGGGAGCCGGUGGACCCCAAUGAACAUGUCAACCUCUCGCAGAGCCCCAACGACACCUUUUCCACGGCAGUUCGUAUCGCCGUGGCCAUGGAGCUGCAGGAGAAAAUGUAUCCGGCCCUAAGGACCUUCGUUGAUUUGCUGGGCAAGAAGUCGAGCGCUUGGGCAGUAAUUGUCAAGAUAGGACGUACCCAUCUGAUGGACGCUGUGCCGCUGACCCUUGGUCAGGAGUUUAGUGGCUAUUGCCAGCAGCUUACGAACGGCAGAGCUCGGCUGGACUCUGCUUUGGACCGGCUGUACGAGCUGCCCAUGGGUGGUCAUGAAGUGGGCACGGGCCUGAACACUAAGCAGGGAUUUGAUGAAACGUGCAUUAAACGGAUCGCCCAGAUAUCGUGUCUGCCUUUUGUAAAGUCUCCAAACUUCUUCGAGUCCCUGUCCACGUGCGACGCCCUGGUGGAAUUGCACGGAGAGCUCAACACCAUAGCAACGAGUCUGAUGAAGAUAGUCAACGAUAUCCGUUUGCUGGCAUCGGGACCCCGCAGCGGUCUGGGCGAGCUCAUUCUUCCGGAGAACGAAACGGUUAACCCGCUUGUGCCCGGCACCGUGAUUCCCAGUCAAUGCGAUGCCAUUAGCAUGAUAUGUGCCCAGGUGAUGGGCAAUCAUGUGGCGGUUUCGAUGGGUGCCUGCAGCGGACACUUUCAGCUCAAUGCCUUUAUGCCGAUGAUCGCUGCAAAUGUCUUGCGUUCAAUUACCCUGCUUGGCGACGGCAUGAGAUCCUUUUGCACCAACUGCCUGGAGGGCAUUGAGCCUCAUAAUGCAAAUAUCGAAAAAUUCACAAAGAUCUCCCUCAUGCUAGUCACGGCCCUGAGCCCCCACAUUGGCUAUGAGCGGUCCGCUGCAAUAGCCAGGGCGGCUCACAGGAAUGGAACUACCCUGAAGCAGGAGGCCAUGAAUGCGGGCAUCGAUAUUGAUGACUUCAAGAAAUGGGUGCAGAUCAAUGAUAUGCUGCAGCCCAGUGAUUAGGGCAGGACAACUAUUCUAAUGAGGAAAAAAGGAUUGUUCAAGAAUGUAUUUUAAAAUUGUCUACAUUGCAAAGUAAAAUUAAAGAACUUUUACUGAGUUUUCAUGGAACUAAA